UCCUUACUUUCUUCUCCCUUUCCAGCUUUCAUUUGUGAUCUUCACCAUCUUUCUGAGAAAAAUACAGAUAGAUAGAAAUGGCAAUUCGUUUACCUGGUAUUGCACAUGCUAAGCACAUUCUACGCCGGUCAAACUCAUUUGGAAAGCAAGCAGCUCCAAGAUUUGCUGAUGUUCCAAAAGGCUACCUAGCAGUAUAUGUUGGAGAGAGUGAAAAGAAGCGAUAUGUAGUUCCCAUAUCAUUCUUGAACCAGCCUUCAUUUCAAGAAUUGCUAAACAAGGCUGAGGAAGAAUUUGGAUUCCAUCAUCCAAUGGGUGGUCUCACAAUUCCUUGCAGUGAAGACAUCUUCAUUGAUCUCACUUCUAGCUUACAUGAAUUCUGAUACGCGGCACUAAAAUAGAAUAGCAAAGACAGUUUUGUAAAUCCAUGCAUAUUCUUUAUUUAUUCAUGGCAGAAGUAAUGGGGGUUGAUUACCCACUAAAAAUGUUACAAAUAGAAUUCUUGCAGUUUCUCUAACACUCUCCUAACAAAUGUAAAACUGAGAUUACCUUUCAGUUUAGAUUGAUCCUCUUAAGAUUCUAUGAUAUUUCCAAGCCCUUUAAUUUUAUUUAAUUUUGCAUGUUUUUCUAUGGAUGAUAGUCUGUAGCUUUGUUAUGUAAGGGUUAUC